AUGGCGUCGCCAAUGCCGAUAGCACCCAUGGGUACCUGGGGAGGUGAAGGCCAGGCCAUGCCACCACAGCCGCCUGCUGCCACCAACGACAUUGACGAGUUUGGCGUCCAGGUCAAGACGAUGGGCCUCAAGGUCACCUACACAUUCGCAGAUAGCGGGGAGAGUUUCCUCGCGCGGCAUCCCCAUCUGCUUCCUAUUCAGACAGUACCAAUCGAUGACAAGCGUACCGUCGGCAUGGUCGACUUGAAGAUUUGUGCUCAGGCCGUUGCCAAGUGCAGCCCCGAGCUGCUCAGCGACGUUACCCGUGACUUUGCUGUCUACGCCUACGACUACUCGGAACCCGACGAGCCCCUAGUUGGCCAGGGCCUUCUGGGCUGGAUUAUCAACAACUCGAACGACAAAAGGAUCAUUGGACGCGCCACCAGGAAUCCCCUCUCAGUUUUUAGCAACGGCGUGAAGGACAUCCUGGAGAUCAAGUUCAAGCUGAAGCCCGUGGUCGCCAUGGCCCAGCCACAUUACGAGAAUGAACCGAAACCCGACCAUCGGCACUCCUAUCAGCGUUCCGAGAGCCACAUGAGCGUCGAGAUUCAGCCUACAAGACCUGUCGAGGGUGCCCUCACACCCUCGAGCCAUGCUGAGUGGAACUCAUUUAUGCAGUCAAAUCCUCAGAUGGGCAACCAGCAACACCCUGCCAGAGUUGCGUCUCCUCACCCACCACAACACCACAAUGACUUCCAGCAGUCUAUGCAACGCAGCAAUUCUUUUAGUUAUAACGCACCACCGCUACAGCACCAGCAGCAUAUCCUGCCUCAGCCUCAGCAGCCGAUGCAAAAUUCUGAAGGACCUAACCGGGUUGCCCCGAUUCCCGUUGACACAGCAACCGAUACCCAGGCCAACCCACCCUCAAGACCAUCAUCCAGGGCAUCUAACCGAUCAAAAAGAUCAAAGCCCACAGGUCGACCCCGUGGCCGACCACGCAAGCAACCUCGAGCCGAGAACCAAGGCAACACGUCCGGAUACGAAGAUGGAACGGAUGGCGAUGACGGCCCGGCGAAGAAAAAGAGGGCCACCAUGACCCAGGUUACGAGUAACAUCAACACCCCCUUUGGUGGUGGCCCUGAAUCUUUGCGAGUGGCAGCUAGCACAUCUGGCUCACUGCGGACCUUGCGACCGAUGGGCAUGCCCACGGAGACCCCUAUGGGCUCUCAUAUGCAAGAGAUCCCUAGAGCACCCACACCAGUCCCGGACAGGGGCCCCACGGUACCGCAAGCUGGCAAGGCGGCGAACGGGAGCAAGCUUCGCCGACAGUCGACAUUAAGCCAAGCUGCAACACCUCCCAGUCAGCCUUCAUUUUCCGAGGUUCCUUUUGCUCUGUCUCCUAGUCAGCAGGACGGACGCUCACCUGUGGACUCGGAAGCAGCCUCCCCCAUGUACUCGGAGGAUAGCCCUGCAGCCAUUGGAUCGUCCCCUCCAGUCCUCCGCACAGCCAGCUUUGUACGAUCGAGUCCGCCAGCUUCAAGCCCUAUCCUUCCUCCGAUGCCCAUGCCCCAGCCCGCCGACUCUGGCUUCAUGAGUGGAGGCAUGGACGACCUGUUCGAAACCGAGGGAAUGAAGCAGCUUCCCCAACCGGUCGCUGCACCGACAGCGCUUAGGUCCAACGUCACCAAGGAACGACGAUCUCGCUCGGGAAUCCCAAUCCAGGUCUUCCAGUUGGCGACACAGCCUUCUAGUGAAGCUGAGUUUACCAAGAAUACACAGCCCGUUGCGUCACGCCCCCCAACCUCAACACUUUCGCAGGAGCCUACACUGCCACCAUUGACGCGAAAUGGUAGCGAUUCAAGAACCUCGAUGGCUCCUCCGCCUUCUCAACCGGCGGAAAAAGAGCCUUCGCCACAACAAGAGGAGCCGGUUGUGGCGGUUAAGCCGGAAGUCGACAGCGACGAUCAAGGUGCUCCCAAGGCUGAUUCUCAACCGCCGGUUGAUACCCUGGACAUGGGACUCGAGAAGCUUGUUCAGGCAGUGAGUGGAAUGGCACCCGAGCCGACCCUUUCAGAGCCGCCAAAGACUGGUGCGGAUGCCGAGAUAUCGUUUGCCCGACCUUCCGCGCCACCCUCUCUGCAGCGCUCUGCCUCAUCCGGGUUCUCACUGGCUCUUCCCACCGUUCCAGCCAGUGACCCCAUCGGUCCCCUAGCUCUACCUGCCCUCAACCGGCCUGAUGUGACCUCUUUCUCCGAGGCAAUCUGCCCGCCUAGUGAUGCGUUGCAGCCUCCGAAGUCACCUCAACAACCUACUAGAUCGAACAAGAACUACGUCAAGAAGCAGGCAAUCAGAGAGAAGUUGCUGCAAGCAAUUGAGAAUGGAGAGACCCCUAUGUACUGCACCAACUGUGGAGCGAUUGAGACUCCCACUUGGCGAAAGAUCUGGACUCAGGAACAUAAGGGUGUGCCGGAGUUUACAGAGUUUUCUGACAAGCCUGGAAGGAUCACCGCUAUUCUGGUUUUGGACCGUGAUGCCGAUGAAAAGGUGACGAGAUAUCAGGUCAUCAAGAAGGCAUUGGCACCAAAGGAGAAGAAGUCCGAUUGGAAGGAGCACAUGCUCUGCAACCCUUGCGGAAUCUGGCUGUCAAAAUGGAAGUCUCACCGGCCCGCGGAGAAGUGGGAGAAGGAUAGCUCUCGACUUGGGCAGCAGAGGCGUCCUCGAGGUACCGGGAGAGCUCCGCGGCCACCCAGGACAAGGAAGACUGGGCCAAACCAAAUGAACCCAACGUCCGAGGCCUACUUCACAACUGACCCUAUCGGGCCCGAAGACCAAGGCAUCUCGCCGAAUGACGAGAGCAGAUCGCGGGGCGUCUCCCAAGUGAGCAACCCCAACGAGUCUUUUGACCAGUCCUUCCAGCAACCAGACCAGCGUGAAUCCCGCCCCGCAUCACCUGGGAACGUCUCCAACCCUGGCUCUACCCACUCUAGAGGCAGUGGCACAGCUAAGAGCCCUAUUACCAUUGACAAUGCCGAUGUUCAGGACAUGGGCUCAACCCGACGACUCUUAUUUCCAUCGCCACGAAAGGAGGGCGUUCCCAAGAUCUUGGGCGAAUUGGCCGUUAACAUCGUUCAAACUACAGCUGACUCAAACGGAUCAGCUGAAACAGUACAAAUCAAGGACAUGGUUGAGAAGGAGUCAAGCAUGGACGGCGCAUCAAAGGAUUCCGGCGUGAACAAGGAAAAUCUCGCCGUCUCCGGCGACGACCUUGAAGACCUUUUCAGAAGUCCGGCCAUUGCCCGUCCAUCUACGCCGCCUCCCCGGGAUAGAGCCCCUAAUAACGGUCCCUUCAAGACGCCUACGCGACCAACACCAAGCCAUCGACCGAUCACGAGGAGCGUCACUAGAAGUGUCUCACGUUCCCUGAGGUCGUGUGAUCUGCUUCGGUCUCCCGUAGCUGUCCGACGCACACCAACGCGGACACCGAGGUCGGCUAAGGGCCCGAUUCGGAGGAGUCCCCGUUUGCACCAAGAUGAGUUUAGUCAGAUGGAACUUGCCCUUGAAGAAUAUCUUCAAACACAGCCAAUGGACCAGCAAUACGACUCUGACAUGCUGGAGGCUAUGAACCGAGCACUGGCAGAGACCAUGAACGCUUCCGUUACAAAUUUUGACAUUUCCAGCAUGGUACUGGAUUCGAACUGCCAGCUUGAGUUUGGCGACCUUUUGGGCUCGCCGGCCCGGCCUUCUCCGCGGGCUCGGCAACUGACGGAUUAUGAUGAUUGGGAGACUUGGGAAACCAGCAUGCGUACGCGUCAAGCGGCAGAGGAUGCCGGACGUCAAUAG